AGCGGAGUACCUAAACCGUGAUAAUCUUCCGAAGCAACUGACAGCAGAUGACGUGGUUAUGACUGUUGGGUGCAAACAAGCCAUUGAGCUUGCGGUUGACAUCUUGGCUAAACCAAAAGCCAACGUCCUUCUUCCGAGCCCGGGCUGGCCAUGGGACUUAGCUCGAUGCAUCUUCAGCAAACUUGAGGUCCGCAAAUAUGAGUUCCUGCCCGAAAAUAACUUCGAGAUCAACCUUGACAGCGUCGAAGAGAAAGUGGAUAAGAACACGUUUGCAAUAUUUAUAAUUAACCCUCACAAUCCCAAUGGGAACGUCUACUCUGAAGCUCAUCUGAAGAAGCUUGCUGAGCUGGCCAAGAGACUCAGGAUAAUGGUGGUUUCUGACGAAGUUUAUAGAUGGACCGUGUUUGGGAGUAAUCCCUUUGUUCCCAUGGCGAGAUUCUCGGAUAUUGUACCUGUGAUGACACUUGGAUCUAUAUCGAAGGGAUGGCUUGUCCCCGGAUGGCGAACUGGCUGGCUUGCCCUGCACGAUCUAGAUGGUGUCUUCAAAAGGAAAAGGGUCGUGACUGCUGCUAAAGAAUUUCUUGGGAUAACUUCUAAACCACCAACUGUUAUCCAGGCGGCUAUUCCUGCCAUCUUGAAGCAUAUUCCUAAAGAAUUCUUCGAUAAUAGGCAACGCAUCCUGAAAGAUAAUGCGGAUUACGCUUAUUCUAGAGUCAGUGAUAUAGCCACCCUUAAAUGCUUCAUGAAACCUGAAGCAUGCACCUUCAUAUGGACCAAGCUGGAUUUAGAUGCGUUUAUAGACAUUAAAAACGAUCUAGACUUCUGUGAAAAGCUUGCUGCUAAAGAAAACCUUGUCCUUUUGCCAGGGAUUGCUUUUGGUCUAAGUGGCUGGGCGAGGCAUUCUAUCGACAUGGAUUCUUCAACUUUGGAGGAUGCCUUUGAUAGAUUGGAGAGCUUCUGCGAUUACCAUUCAACACCGCCCUAUGAAACGGCCCAUUCCACUACAGAUGAAAAUUAACUCUUCAAAGACGUCAACGCAUCAACUGAAUGGGUUAACUAUGUAUC